ACCUCUCUCUUUCUUUUUCUCUCAAACAUUUAAGACAAAAAAUAUUUUGAUUCAUUUACAAUGAACAACGACAUGCUUUCCUCAAAGAGCAACAAGAUUUGGUGGUCCAAGGUUAAAUCUUCAUUUUCUUCAAAAUAUGGAAAUUCAAGGAAAAAACUAGGGAAAGAGGCUAGCUUGUGUGAGAAGCUAAAUGUGAAUGAAGAGUACAAGGGAGUAUUUAGAACACAAUCAUACAUGGAAAUUUGGAGCAAAGCUCAAAUUCAGCUAACAGGAUUACAAAAACCAACAUUAGAUGACAAACUUUCUUCUUCUCCUUUAGCAUCACCUUCACCUCCAUCUUCGUCUUCGUCUUCCUUAACUUCAUCAUCUCCGCCUCCAUUUUACUCGCAUCUCACGGAACUCCUCCUAGAACCGCGACAAGAGGCAGUGAUUGAUCUCAUAAAAUCGUCGAAUCUUCAAACCCUUCUUGUUGACUACUUUGAUGCAAGCCUUGAAGCUAGCAAUAUAUGUGAAGCUCUUCUUAAAGGAAUCCAUAAAACGCGGUCUAACCACCGGCUUAUCAAAAGGGUACUCAAGUUAUCUGAGCAAGGGGAUGAACAAUGUCAUGAAUUGCUUCUUCAAGAAUUAGCUUCCUAUGCAAGCUUAAGCAAUCCUUUGUUAGAAAUCAUGAAUGGCGCGGUAGACUUUCGUAUGAUCCAUGACAAUUACUCCCAUCUUCUUCGAAAGUUGACCUCAAGGAAGAGGAAAAUCAAGAGAAGGGAAAAAUUUACGCGGUUAUAUAAGAAGGCAGCUGGCUAUGGUUUUGUGAUCACUUACGCAGUGUUUGCUAUCGCGUUGCUAGCCUUAGCAAUGCAUAGCAUGGUAGGACUAUUAGGGGCACCGGCCUUAUUAUUGCCAUUGUCGAAGGGUGUGAUGAAGAGUGUACACGGUGGUGGAUCGCUUAAGACAAGCUUCCUUAAGCACCUAGGGUCACAACUAGAUGUCGCGGCUAGGGGCAUUUAUACCUUUAUCAAUGACUUUGACACGGUAGGGAGGCUCGUGACACGGUUGCACGACGAGGUUGAGCAUAAAAGACAGGUUGCAAAGAUGUGUGUGAGGAAUGGGAGGAAUCAUGAAGUGAUUAGGGAAGCACUAAAGGAUAUACAAUUACACGAACACGGGUUUGAAGAACAAAUGGAUGAGCUUGAAGAACAUAUUUACUUGUGCUUCUUAACUAUAAAUAGAUCAAGAAGAUUAGUUCUUCAAGAAAUAUUAGCCCCUUUGAGUUGACACGAUCAACAAUGGCAGCAUUAUAGCAAUCUCUGCUCGCGCUUGCUGUUCAAUGAUUCUUUGGAUAGAACUCGUAGAAGUUAGCUAGCUCGUAGGACAAUUUUUUCAUUGAUGUAGUUUACAAAAACAAUACAUUUUUUUUUUUUUCACACAAGUUAGUUAAAGUAAAAUUUGCUUAUAUUGUUGAUUUAUGUAAACUAGUGUAAGUGUGUAACACAUAAAAAGAUUGAUUCUUUUUUUAGUUGUUCAAUUUUGAACUAAAAUUAAAUGUAAUAUUACAAUUUAUUUACUGCACAUUUGUCAGUAAAUCUAUCACAAG